AACAUGCGCCUCUUUUUUUUCCUCUUUUUUAUUGAAAAUCCUCUUUUUUCUAGAAAGGAAAUUCCUCUUUUUUCCUCUUUUUCUACGAACUGUCGGUGGGAUGCCAGUAUAAUGAACUAUUGAUGAAUUUGUCUAAGAAAAAAGAGAAUUUUCAAAAAAUAAAUAUCAAAGAGUAUUGAGUAGAGAUCAGUGUCAGCAAUGAAAGUCGGUCUUUUAGUACAGGGUAGAGAUGGAACUGAUCUAGAUGUUUGACAACUGGUAUCAGUCUGAGUAGGAAAGUAAAUAAGGUAGAUCGGUGGGUAUUAAAUCCGUACCGGUACGAAUUCCAUUUCUAGGACCGGGUUUAUAUCCUUUACUACAACAAAUUCUCACGAAGGAAGUACUCCAACAGAUUCCGACUCCAUCUUUUGGGCACAGGAACAUUUCAUUGAUAGUAAGAAAAGUCUAUUGUUGAAGGUCAUAUCUCAAUAUAUAAGAUUUUUUCAUGAAAUUUAUUUUUUUUUUAAAUCUUGUAUUAGAUUUUUCUCUUGAAAUUUUAGAUUGUACUUCGAAAAAUGCAUCCUAAUGGUGCACCAUUAAUAUCUGAUCCAAUAAUGCAAGCUCUAUUACAAAUGCUUUAAAAAAGUGGUGGUAAAAUAAGUGCUGUUCAAGAAGAUGCACUUGUUGCUAUUAGUACUCUUGUUGAAGUAUUGGGAAUGAAUUUUAUUAAAUAUAUUGAUCAUGUUCUUCCAUUUAUAUAUGAAGCAUUAAAUAAUCAUGCGGAAUAUCAAAUAUAUUCAACUGCUGUUGGUGUUGUUGGUGAUUUAAGUCGUUUAUUACUUGAUAAAUUAGCACCAUAUUGUGAUCAAAUAAUGACACAUUUAUUUACUUGUCUUGCUGUAAGUUAA